AUGAAAUUUAUCAGAAACUUGGGAUCAAUAUCAUUUCCAUGGGUUAUCUUCUGUCGAAUAGUAUCUCCCCUUGCCAAUUCAACAUUAUAUGCUGCCAUUUGGAUGCAUUUUGCUCUGGCAAUCAAUCGUCUUUUGGCAAUUUCAUCACCGAUAAUAUAUCCCCGCAUCUUUAAUCCGAGAAAUGCUUGGAUAAUAGUCGUAUCGCUAUGGUCAUUCACUAUGCUAAUCACUGCUUUGUAUUAUAACGUUGAAUGCGUGGCAUACUUCGAAUCAGAUAUUCAUUCAUGGUCAACCCUCUAUGGACCAUGUGAUCACACUUUCUUCGCUUAUAUUGCUAUGUUUCUGUCCGAUGGUAUCGUUAUUAUCACCAUUAUCAUCGAUGCCAUAGCUUUUUAUCGUAUCAUUGUUUAUUUAAAAGAUAAAAAUCGUCAGGAAGCUCAUGGAACACAACAUAGAAUAAAGAAAGAAAUCAUAUUUUUCAAAGAGACCUGUAUCAGUACUAUCAUAUAUGCAUUUUUUGUAAUUAUUUUUCGUAUUGAACUACCUAUGUCACGUUUCAGUAAAAUUAUAUACACAUGGCUUGCAAUGUUUGCAUCAGAUGGUUUGGCAUUCUUAUACUUCAAUCGCCGUUUGUUGAUGAAACAAAAUGUGGCAACCUUUCGUACGAAUACAAGGGAUUUACGCACAAAAAUAGUGAAAAUUGAUGUGAACACAACGGUCAAAUGUACAGUAACAAAUAAUCGUGUAAAUAUCGCUUCAAUGAAGAUUGAAGGCGGUAAUUGUGAUCACAGAUCUGACCUCAGAGCUGUAUCAGGAUCUCUCGGUUCGAGAAAGAUGUAUUUCGUCGAGAUUGAUAUCGGGAUCAUUUGGUCUUCUUUGUUCUUAGUGUCAUCGUCAUUAAAUUGUUAUAUCGAUGUCGUAAUUGCAAAUACUGUUACCCAAAGAGGCAGAAAGAAGCCUUAA